GAAAAACCAGAGCCCGCCGGAAGUCCUCAUCCUUUAGCAUCACUUUUCCGGACGGCAGCACCGAAACCUCGAACUUUAGACAUCCAGCGGCAAGAAUGUCCUCUUCUUCCAGCAUCGUAGCCAUGAAAAAGGUGGUCCAGCAGCUGCGUUAUGAGGCGAGCAUAAACAGAGUGAAGGUUUCUCAGGCAGCUGCUGAACUACAACAGUUUUGCAUGAACAACGCCACACAGGACCCUCUGCUGACUGGCAUGUCCUCCAGCACCAACCCUUUCCGACCACAGAAGGUCUGCUCCUUCUUGUGAGAACUUCCUUGUUGUUUUGGCCUUGAUAUCAUCUACAGGGAGAUAAACCUCAACACUACUCCUCAUGCCUAGCCAUCGCACUGCCACGGGAAGAUGUCUCAGAUGUGGGCAAAUUGGGCUCAUUUCUGGAGAAAAGAUUGUUUUCUUUUUCAGCCACAGUGGAAAAAUAUUGGUAGUUUGAUUUUUUUUCAUGGCACAUUGUGUUUUUUUGGUAAAGUUGUGCGCCCUUUUGUAUUACUUUGUUUGAGUAAUCAUUGUUCUUUUUGACCUUUUUAUAUUUAAUAAAAACAAACUUCUUUACUA